AUGCUGAGAGUAGCUAUUAUUAUAUUCCUUUUGACAGUUCUGGCUGCAAGUCCAGUGGAGAAAGAUGGAAAAGGGAAAAUCGCAUCGGAAAGUCUUCGGGAGCUGUUUGACGAAAAUUACAUCGACGAAGCAAAUCUCGGUAAUAGAAAUUUUGAAGAAAAUGAAAUAGAUUUAAAGGCAGACGUGGAAAAUGACAAUGAAGAUGGUAGUGAAAGUAAGCAAGACAGUUCUGUAGAAAAUGAAAAUAGCUCUGAGGAAGAACCAGAUGAAACCAAACCCACAGAAAGAGAUUUCCUUGAAGGUGGGGAAAAAGCACAGCGAGUUUUCGAAAGCUCCUUGGCAUCAUCAAUGUUACAACUGCAUGAUAUGAUAGGCACAGCAAAUCCAGGUUUAAAGACCUCCAAGCGAAGCAUGGAAGAUAUGGAUAUGAUCGAUGGUGAUGUAAAAUUAGACAAAGAAUCUGCAGCUGAACUUGUAGAGUUUUACAAAAGAAAUCCCCAAUAUCUAAGACUUAACAACAACGGAUCGGAGUCAUCCGUACCUGAUCCAUUUGAUAAACGAAAAGUAUAUAAUGGCCCAAAGUGGACUUUCCCGAUCAAUUACCGAUUACAAAUUGCUUCUUCAACACACAAAACACUGAUAAAACAGGCAUUGAGUAUAUGGCAACAGCAAACCUGUGUUUCAUUCGUUGAAAGAUCAUCAAUAACUGCACCAGCAAUCAAUUUUAAGGAAAACGAAUCUGGUUGUUGGUCUUAUGUUGGCAAAAGAAGUAUUAUCAACGACAUAAACCUCCAAAAUGGUUGUAAACACUUAGGAAUAAUCCUUCAUGAAAUCGGACAUGCCCUCGGUAUGUGGCAUGAGCAAAGCAGACAGGACAGAAACACCUUCGUCUCCAUAAUAACAGAUAACAUUGUAAGUGGAAAAGAACAUAACUUCUUGAUCAAAUCUGGAGUGACCUACGGAACAAAUUACGACUACGGAUCAGUCAUGCACUAUUCUGACACGGCUUUUGCGAAGUCAGCAGGACUGAAAACAAUUGUCGCCAAGCAAAGCGAUUACUCAAGGACAAUGGGACAAAGAAUUGGUUUAUCCUUCAAUGAUAUCAGAGCUAUUAACUACCACUAUUGUCAGAGUAGAUGCUCUGGAGGAUUAACAUGGUCAUCAUGCAGAAAUGGUGGAUACAGGAAUCCAAGAAGUUGUGGACGUUGCAAAUGCCCGGAUGGUUGGAUUGGAAAGUAUUGUCAGUAUGCAAAGAACCCUAAGAACAUAAUACGAUAUUUCAUUAAUCUCAAUUUAGAGACUGCUGGGUGUGGAUACAAAUAUAGAUCUGCCACCUCAUGCUACAGAUUCUUAAACUCACCUGGAUACUUCUUUCCUCGGAGCUACACAAACAAUGCCGAAUGUACUUGGAAAAUUACGGCACCUACAGGAAAACGUGUACGAUUUCAAUUCAUUGGGUCCUUUGGUAUUACUUGCAACACAAGGUGUUUAGACUUUGUAGAGGUUCGCUACAGCAGUCUCUCUAACACUGGACCAAGGUUCUGCUGUGGCACAAGACCCACAAGGGUAUUCACGUCCACCGGCCGAGUAAUGUUGGUCCUAUUUAGGACAAACUCCAAUGUCGUAGCAAGGGGUUUUAGGGCAAGAUUCAAAUAUGUAUAA